AUGGCCAACGGGACGGGGGCGGCGACGGUCAUGCUGAAAUGCGUGGUGGUGGGCGACGGGGCGGUGGGCAAAACCUGCCUGCUGAUGAGCUACGCCAACGACGCCUUCCCGGAGGAAUACGUGCCCACCGUCUUUGACCAUUACGCAGGUAAACGCGCGUCUCGCCGGGAAGUGCUGAGUAAGGGCGCUCCGGCUCCGCCACCCUCUUCUCCGCCCCCCCCAAGCUUCCAGCACCCCAGAAGCAGCAGCAACAGAGCCGAGCAACUUCGGCGAAAACUUUUCCCUUUCCCUAAUUCUGAUCUCCUAUCCCCCCUCCCUCCCUUCCUUUCCCCCUCUUUUCUCCUGCCUUCUUGUAAAGCAGAGGCUGCGUUUAUUUUUAUUUCUUUGGGGGGACGACGACUCGUGUUUGCAAUCCCGGGGAUCCCCGACGCCCCCUUUUUUUGCAAAAGGAAAGCAGCUCAAAAUGACUCCUCUAAAGCGCACUCCUCUUCUGUCCCCCCCCCCUCAAUUGGAGGGGUCUGGUUAUGGAACUAGUGGAAAGGGGGAAGGACGGUUUGGGACUGCAGAUGCCUGACCACUCCAAAAUUGUCGCAUUUUAUACAUAUAUGUGUGUGUAAAGGGACUGGACUAUAUAUAUAUAAUAUUUAAUUGGUGGAGCAGAAUAGGGUGGCAAAAUGUUGUUAUGACGGGAGCAAGGAUUUAAUCCAUGCCCGAUAGGACCUUGAUAGACUGUAACUGAAAGUUGGGGAGCAAAUGGGACAGGUUAAAUGGGGGGGGGGCGACCCAAUACCCUCUCACUAGCCUUUGAAGUCCUGUUAUGAGCACAUGAUGUGUGUGUAUUGACACACACACACACACACAAAACGAGGACACCUUUUUGUAGGUUGCAGCAUGUUAAUGGGGAGUCUAGUUCUGUUUUGCUCCAUCACAAAAGUGCUUCGAAAGUGUAUAUCUGGGCAGAGACAGGGAUCAUUGCUAUUUUUAAAAGGUUGCCUACCCAUUUGAGAUGUCUGUGCUUUUUUUUUAAAAAAAAAUUGAGUUUGGGAGAGUAAUUGAAUCCACUUGUUUGCUCCUUGGUCUAGAGAGGAAAGAGGGAGCUUGAGUGUGUGUGUGUGUGUGUGUGUGUGUGUCGCUCUGGGGCCCCUGCCUGAUAUUCUCUUUCUCUCUUUGCAGUCAGUGUGACAGUCGGUGGCAAGCAAUAUCUGCUUGGGCUAUAUGACACUGCAGGACAGGUAAGGGCUCCCCCCCCCCCCGAUCCAGCAGCUGAAAAGCAACAGGGUGGGUUGCUUUUUAAAAGGGGGGAAAUAAAAAGUGAUCAGCAUAUGGUGUUUUCCAAAGCUUGAGCUCUGUUCAUGCUUACUUGCACACGCUGAAUUAUUCAAGGACUGCCGUUUAUGUUGAGGUGUCUCAGUACAGCAGCUUGUAAUAAUUGUCUCAUUUACUGCCUUGUCGCAGAUCUUUGGAGAAUGGAUCGCCCUUCCCACCCACCCGCCCCCAGUAUUUUAAAAUACUAUUAUUUCAAAAAUCAAUAAUUGCAAGCAGUCGAUUUCGUGAUCCCAACUCCUAUCACCCAGGGAAAAACAACCAGCCUUGUGAGAUACUUUAUUUUUAGUUCCAAAUGGCUGGGUCCUCUUUUGAGUUCUGCCUUGCUUCUCAUUGGUGGACGGGCAACAUGAGCCUCUGGCUCUGAUUGGAGAAUAAUGGCAUCAUCUAAUGUUAUGGGAAGGCAUUUUGUCUGAUUGUGUUUAUUAUGGCCCCAGGGACACAUUGCUUCCCAUCCUGAAAUCAUUCCUUUGAGUCAAAACAUUUGCAAGGAAUGACUGAAUAGUUUUGGAGCACAGCAGAGAGAGGAGGUUUCUCCCUCUGUUUCAAAUUUGUCUGCGCAGGAGAAGGAAAACAACAAGAAGAGAUCCCAAACUACAGCUUUUGCAUCCAGAUCAGACAUGAGGAAUAGUACUGUUGCCAGUUUGCUAGUGCUUGUUGGUUUGCAUUCUUUUAGCCGUAAUGGGCUGGAUGCAGACUUUCCUCUACUUAAAAGUGGACAUCCUCAUGGGACUUAAGGUCAAGUCCUAUUCAUUUCAGUUCUGGGGCUGGGCGAUAUAUCAAUAUAUCAUCCAAAACUGGUUUGAAGUCCAUGUUGUUUCAUAAUUUUUGACCUGGCAAUAUAUUGUGAAUCAUAUGUGUGUGUGCUAUGCAAGAAAUCACGAUGCAGGAGAACCUGUGAAGCUGGUCAGUGCCUCUACAGUACAGUGGUACCUCGGGUUACAGACGCUUCAGGUUACAGACGCUUCAGGUUACAGACGCUUCAGGUUACAGACUCCGCUAACCCAGAAAUAGUACCUCGGGUUAAGAACUUUGCUUCAGGAUGAGAACAGAAAUCGUGCAGCAGCGGUGCAGUGGCAGCAGGAGGCCCCAUUAGCUAAAGUGGUGCUUCAGGUUAAGAACAGUUUCAGGUUAAGAACGGACCUCCAGAACAAAUUAAGUUCUUAACCCGAGGUACCACUGUACAUAGGUCCAUCCUUAUUUCAUACAUCAUGAUAUAUCAGUAUAUCACGAUGUUUAAGCUGGUGAUAUAUCACGAUGUUGAAAAUCAGAUAUCACCCAACCCUACUCCAUUCUCAGCAUGACUAAGGCUGCAGUCCUAACCCAUUUACCUGGAAGUUCAGUGGAACUUCUUAGUAGACAUGGUUAAGAUAACAGCCUCCUUAAUCCAGGCCCUGUGGAAAGAAAUCAGAUCCUGCAGGGCCCUGGUCUCAUGAGACAGAGCGUUCCACUAGGCUGGAGCCAGUGUUGAGAAGGCCCUGGCUCUGGUGGAGGCUAAUGUGACUUCCUUAGGGCCUGGGACCUUCAGGGUGCAGUGGCAUAGCGUGGGUUGUCAGCACCCGGGGCAAGGCAAGUAAUUUGCGCCCCCUAACCCGUGGGACGCGGGUGGCGCUGUGGGUAAAAAUCUCAGCGCCUAGGACUUGCCAAUCGCAUGGUCGGUGGCUCGAAUCCCCACGGUGGGGUGCGCUCCCGUCGUUCGGUCUCAGCGCCUGCCAACCUAGCAGUUCGAAAGCACCCCCGGGUGCAAGUAGAUAAAUAGGGACCACUUUAUAGCGGGAAGGUAAACGGCGUUCCGUGUGCUGCUCUGGCUCGCCAGAUGCAGCUUGUCACGUUGGCCACGUGACCCGGAAGUGUCUGCGGACAGCGCUGGCUCCCAGCCUAUAGAGUGAGAUGAGCGCACAACCCUAGAGUCUGGCAAGACUGGCCCGUACGGGCAGGGGUACCUUUACCUUUACCUUUAACCCGUGGAUUUUAGUAGGGGCAGAGAGCUGCGAAUGCGAGCGCCCCCCCCCGAUGUUGCGCCCGGUGCGGCCGGCCCCUCCUGCACCCCCCACGCUACGCCACUGUCAGGGUGUUGCUAUUUAUGGGUCUUAAGGUCCUCCGCGGGGCAUACCAGGAGAGGCGGUCCCAUAAGUACAAGGGUCCUAGGCUGUGAAGUAACUAUGCGCUAGGUGAAAAAGGCCCCAUUUCCCACAGCGCCCAAGCAGACGCCUUGUGGAAUCCCAUAAGUGGGACAUGAGAGCAAUAGCUCGCAUGCUGUCUUCUCCAGUAGCUGGCACUCAGAAGCAUGCUGCCUCUGAUCUUGCCCCCAGUGGCCGACUUUGAGCCUUCCAGUUUCAGCUGCGCCUUGCGUGAUGCCAAAAUUUGGCGUCUUCCAUUCAAAGUGAUUGUUGCAGCACCCUCUCAGCUCGGCUCCCAGUAUGGGAAAACCAGUUGCACUCCCCUAAAUCUGCCUCUGCUGCCACCAUGACUAGUAGCCAGAGAUAAAUGUUUCUGCCACAAAUUUGUCUUGAUUCCAUUUUUAAAGUUGCCUAAGCGAGCAGCCACGGCCACAUAUUGGGUCAAUUACUCAAAUUAAAUGAUUUAACCGUGGAAGCUGCCUUAUCAGAUGACUGGUUCAUUCUAGACCGUCUCCAUGCAAAACAGAUGUUCUACUACUGAUCUACACCAGAUGAAAGUUCUACCUAGUUUUUCUGAAUAUCUUGGGGGUGAGAAGGACGUGUUAUCCAAAAUGUAUGGCUAACCAGAAACUUGAAUAAUUAGAAUUGCUCUAUAGGAGCUGCUAUCAUGCAAAGGUGGACUUGAACUGUCAGAAGGUAUGAUUUGGAUUGAUAAGGUUUUAUCUUUUAAAAAGUAAAGGAUUUAUGUACGUGGGACUAGGCAUUUGGCUAGAAACUCAGAAGCAAUAAACAAUGAUGGCGUUGGUUUAAGCCGUCUAGAUUUUAAUGGCACACACUGCAGCUAUGCCAUCAACAACUUUUCUCUAGAGCUGUGCUUGCUAUAAAACUUUCACAGUUUCAGCAGCUGGAACAUUAAGUAAAUGUCUGAAAAAGAACGGAGGACCUUCUGUAAAAUUGCAAGAGGCUGCGGUUCUUAAUUAGGAACUCCAGGGGAGCAAUAUGAGAUGGCAGACCCUUACAAGCUCAUUUUUUAAAGAGAAAAGAGAAGAAAAAGAGAGAGGAGACGUCGGACAAAACUUCUAAAAUGGCAUUGGUAUGACUUGGAAAUGUUCAGGAGAGUGGUGGUAUUUAGAGCAGUAAUGGGAAUCCUGUGGUCCUUCAGGUGUUGAACUACAGCUCCCAUAAUUCCUGGCCAUUGGCCAUGAUGGUUGGGGUUGAUGGGUACUGGAGUCCAAUAACAUCUGGAGGGCCACAGGGUCCCCACUCCUGUUUUGGAGGCACAGGUUCCCAGGUUCAGAAUCUCCAGUUAAAAAGGAAGUUGGAUGGUAGAGACAAAAAAGUCAGAGACCUUCAAGAUGUGCUGCUAGUGAGAAUAACACAGGGCUUAGAUGAGCCAUAGGUCUGAUUCAGCAUGAGACAGCUUCACAUGUUCAUCGCUGGGAGAGAUCAUCAGUGGCGUUGGGCUGGGUGUUCAGCAAUAUGCAAAUGAUACCCAGCUCUGCUUAUCGGUUAAAUCUGAGCCUGUGAAGGCAGUGAAGGUCCUGUGUGGGUGUCUGGAGGCGGUUGGAGGAUGGAUGGCAGCCAAUGGAGUGGGUUGAAUCCUGACGAAACCAAAGUGCUGUUUCUGGGGGGCAGGGGUGGGCAGGGGUAGGGGUCUCCCUGGUCCUGAACUGUGUAUACCUGAAGGAGCGUCUCCACCUCCAUUGUCUCGUUUGGACACUGAGGUCCAGCGCUGAGGGCUUUCUGGCGGUUCCCUCACUGCAAGAAGUGAGGUUACAGGGAACCAGGCAGAGGGCCUUCUUGGUAAUGGUGCCCGCCCUGUGGAAUGCCCUCCCAUCAGAUGUCAAAGAGAUAAACAACUACCUGACUUUUAGAAGAUAUCUGAAGGCAGCCCUGUAUCAGGAAGUUUUUAAAUAUUUUGUUGGAAGCUGCACAGAGUAGCUGCAGUAGCCCAGUCAGAUGGGUGGGGUAUAAGUAAUAAAUUAUUAUUAUCAUCACAGUUCUUUACUUAGUAAAAAAAAAAAAAAAGAGGUUUGGUGGCAUUUGUAGGGUAGACCUCCAGACAAGAAUAAAAUGGGCUAGAGCUAGCAUUGUAGACUCAGGGUCUCAUUCCCCUUUGGGGAGCCACAUACAAUCGGUGGGUGGGGCCAGAGGCAAAGGUGGGUGGAGACAGAACCAAAAGUAGGCGGAGUAAUGGAUGAGACUCUUAGCUUUUUAUAGCAGGCUACAUUCCAGCCACACAAAAGUCAGAUUUCACAAACGCACACCUCUCUCUGUCUUUUACCUCUGCAAGCAAGAGACGUCAUCGCAAAUCAAGGCCGCAUCUCAGCCAUGCAGAAGCACUUUAGGAGGGCAUGGAUCAGGGCCAGCAUAGACUCUCUGGGGUCGUAUCCAGCCUUACUUCAUUCUUCCUUUAAAGUCUUACCAGUACACGAUGUGCAGCAGGGGAGAAAACUGAUAUUUUCAUUUCUAAUAGUGGGGAAGAGAAAGUGAUAGGUCUAUUAUAUCAGCCUUGGCCAAUUCCGGUGCCCUGUAGAUGGUGUUGGACUAUGACUGCCAUCAUGGGAGCUGAUGGGAGUUGUAGUCCAACAACAUCUUGAGGGCACCAGAUUGGCAAAAACAGUAUGACCUGAGGUGUUAGGAGCUCCAUGCUCCUAACAGAUAAUGAAAAAUAACAGACAAUAGCAGAUAAUGUGACGUUGUGAAGCUUUACUUGAAGAAAUCUGGAAGUGGUGGCUGUUGCUGCUGCUGUUGAUAAUAAUACUUACUGUUUUUAAAAACAUAUUUCACAUGCAAGGCCUUUAAAUGGCUUGUUCUGCAACGGAAAGGAAAUCCAAACCUCUGAGGUUAAGUGAUCUGUAAGGUCACAAGGCAAGCUGAAAUCCUGUCUUUUGACCAUCGGGGCAGGCUUCCUGUGCAUUUUUAGAUUGCUUCUCAGCCGCUGUUCCGUCAUAAAGUUCCAUUGGCUUGAAGCCAAGCUGAGGACUUUUCCCCGCUUCUUCUACCCAUAUUCUGAGUGUGAGCUGUGAGCACUGGCCUUCCUGCUCCCUCUCGCAUCAGACCCAGGGAUUUUUCCACACAAGCCUGCGUUUGACAGUUGGCAUGAAGUGUGCAUCUGCAGUUAAUCACAUGCCUUGGGGAAGUAGUUCUUCCCUGAAGGGAAGUCGCUUGCCAGGCCUUCUGCUAAAGCUGGCCUACACCACAUGAGUUUGUGCAGGAAGACGGGCUAGUAACACUUCUUUGUCUGUUGGGCAGGUGUUUGUACUUCUCUGAUUAAGUCAAAGCAAUUCUGCUGCCGUCUUUGAGCUAAAGUAUGUCUGGCCUUGCCGAUGGUGUUUUGAGUUUGCACUUUAGUAUUGCAACCUGUGCAUAUGCUUGGGAUUGCAUCGUUCAGCCCAGACACUAAGGUCCAGCGCCGAGGGCCUUCAGGCGGUUCCCUCAUUGUGAGAAGUGAGGUUACAGGGAACCAGACAGAGGGCCUUCUCGGUAGUGGCACCCACCCUGUGGAACGCCCUCCCAUCAGAUGUGAAGGAAAUAAGUAGCUAUCUUAUCUUUAAAAGACAUCUGAAGGCAGCCCUGUUUAGGGACGUUUUAAAUAUUUAAUGCUGUAUUGUUUUUAACACUCGAUUGGGAGCCGCCCAGAGUGGCUGGGGAAACUCGGCUAGAUGGGCGGGGUAUAAAUAAUAAAUUAUUAUUAUUAUUAAACUGUAAACAGUUCUUCUAAGUAACAUUUUUCUCCCAAACUUCCUUAAAUGCUAUUUCCCUUUUGUUUUGUCUUUAAGUUGUUGGUGAUGGUUGUUUCCCCUACAGCUGCCGUGGGUUUCUCUCCCCCUGUCCCAGACUUGAACACCUUUUUCCUCACUAGAGAAAAUCCAGCCAAUCAGAGACCAUGGACUGAAUGUCAGAGGUGGAUUUAAGGGAGCACAACCGGUUCGUCGAGACUAGGCGCCGAGCCCGAGAGGGCGCACUGCAGGGGGUGCCAUAACAGUGGCUUAGAACAGAAGGGGAGAGGUGGGGACGGGCGCCAAAUUUUGGCAUUGCACAAGGUGCCACUGAAAGCCCAAUGUGAUGGUUUAGGAAUGCUGUGUCACCAACUAGAUAGGGCUAUGUGCUCAGGCACUCAUCACAGUGUCCCGUUGUGCCAGAAGCGGUUUAGUCAUGUUGGCCACAUGACCUGGAAAGCUGUCUGUGGACAGACGCCGGCUCCCUCGGCCUGAAAAGCUAGAUGAGCAACCCCAUAGUCGCCUUGGUCCUUUUUCACCUUUUACCUUAUGUGUUCAUCUCACUAAUGGCAAACAAAGUCAAUGAACAGUGAGGUUCCCAUAGUGAACAUAAUGACACCAUCAAGGACAAACAAAAUCUUGUCAGAAUGACACUUCUUCAGUAGGUGGACAACCCCAAAGAAAAGGGGUUGGUUAAAAUCUCUGAAUGUUGGUUAAAAUCUCUGAAAAUCUACACACACACCCCUCUAAUUUCAACCUUAGGAAAGAGCAUCUCAGCGCUCGUCGACUCAGAGAUAGAAUUCAUAUAUUCUCCAUCUGUAACUCUAACAGACACUUUCAAGAAUGCCCUGAAUAAGGUUUCCAUUUGAUUUCUGCCAUGUGUCUAAGAAAGCCCUAAAGCAGGGGAGGCCGGCUGCUUUAUUCUCAAGAGUCCCUUUCUUCUCCAGGCAGCCAUAUGGAGCUUUAAAGGUGUAAAAAGGUAAAGGUACCCCUGACCAUUAUGUCCAGUCGUGGACUACUCUGGGGUUGUGCACUCAUCUUGCUCUAUAGGCCAAGGGAGCCGGCGCACAGCUUCUGGGUCAUGUGGCCAGCAUGACUAAGCCGCUUCUGGCGAACAAGAGCAGCGCACGGAAACACCGUUUACUUUCCCGCCGGAGUGGUACCUAUUUAUCUACUUGCACUUUGACGUGCUUUUGAACUGCUAGGUUGACAGGAGCAGGGACCGAGCAACAGGAGCUCACCCCAUCGCGGGGAUUCGAACCACCGACCUUCUGAUUGGCAAGCGCCAGGCUCAGUGGUUUAGACCACAGCACCACCCGCGUCCCUCUUAAAGGUGUAUUUUGUCAUAAAUGCAGACCCUCCUCAUGGAGAAUCAGAGAAUCUAUAACAGUGUUCCCAAACCAGCUGCCCUCUAGAUGUUUUGGAUUAAAACUGACAUCCCUGUUAUCAGCAAGGAUAUGCUGGUGGUUUCUGUCUUCUAGCGACAGGUUCAGUGCCUUAUGUGUCUUCACCACGGCCUCAUCCUGCACUUGGCUUCGCAUUUGGAGAUGUACUCACUACCAUUGCUGCCCAAAUUGCCUUCUCCCAUAUCUUAGUGGCAUGUAUGCUGGACUUACUCCUGCCAUACUUGCAUGACACAGCACACACGGCCAUGCCAUCUUGUAAACCAUGGGUAGGCAAACUAAGGCCCGGGGGCUGGAUCCGGUCCAGUUGCCUUCUAAAUCCGGCCUGCGCCUGAUCCAGGAAUCAGUGUGUUUUUACAUCAGUAUAAUGUGUCCUUUUAUUUAAAAUGCAUCUCUGGGUUAUUUGUGGGGCAUAGGAAUUCGUUCAUAUAUUUUUUUCAAAAUAUAGUCCGACCCCCCCACAAGGUCUGAGGGACAGUGGACUGGCCCCCUCCUGAAAAAGUUUGCUGUGACCCCUGUUGUAAACAGUUCAGCAAUUCCAGUUUCUCCAGCAUGGCCACCACUCGCUCCAGCUGUUUUUGUUUAGCAGGAUCAGUGGUCAGGGAUAAUGGGAACUGUAGUCCAGAAACAGCUGGAGACCCAAGUUUAGGAAACCGAUUUUUGGGGGUUUGACUCAACUCCUUGCCCCUUAGAAGCAGAAUAAAUUUAGCAAACUGCUUUCUCCCCCACCCCACCCCUUGCUAGAAAGCAGAAUGAAUUGGUGUUAAUUUGUGUGACUUAUAAUGGCAGCAGGAUGCAGCUUCCCUUGUCUGAGAAUAUGUUUAAUGUUGGCAUCAUUAUUAUUAUUUUAGCUCCCAGAGCUCUGCCUCGUGAAUGUCUUGCUCCCCUCUUUAGGGGUUCCUUAGCCUCUGACUUUUCCUUUAUUUAUGUAGCAGCCUUGGAAGCACUGUGCUGUUUUGGUUUUCAAAUGUAGAAGAUUAUACGCUGGCUCUCUCUUUUCCCCCAAAAGAGAAGCAAACAAUCUGCGGCAGGACCUUUCCUCAGCACCUUGAAAGAUAACUUUGAAACUCCAGCUCGGGGGCAGGGGCGAGAUUAGGGCAGGCGAUUUGUGUUGCCUGAGGAUUUUGCAGGCUCUCAUUAGUGAGCGCUGUUGUGGAAAGAGAUUAUAAAGUGGAUCUGUGACUGGGAGUCUAGCCUUCUCCAGCAGCCAACCUCGAGUACACAUGAACUCUUCCCAGAUACCCUUUUUAGCAGCGCUAAUGGCUACCCUUCGCAACAUGAAGGUUGGCUUCCUUCGGCAGCUCUGACCGAUAUCUAUUUUUGGUUCCUCUUCUAAAAACAGAUGGUUCUGAUUGAGAGGCUUCUCUUAGGACUUCUGCCCAUAAGCUGCAAAGAGCAACAGAUGGUUCACAGUGUGGCGAUUACAGAACCCAGAGUGGGUCUUUCAGAGCGUUUGAUCUCUGGUGAUCUCAAUUGCAUUUCCUUGCCCCAACUUUUAGCUCCCUGGGGCUCCUCCAGACAAACUGUUUACUGAGCAUUCGUCCCAAAAAGCUUGCACAGAUCCUGCUAGACUGUGUCCAGUCUACAUUGAUAUUGGAUUUGUUCGCCGGGCAGUUAUAUGACAAGGAGCAUUCAUCCUGAUUUGCUUGCAGGGUAUUUUUUGGCUUCCUGUUAACUGUUUGUUUAUCCCGCACAGUUCAGUGCAUUUCUUCAUCAUCACUUUAUUUUCCUUUUCUUUUUUUUAAGUGAAUUAGAAUCAUAGAAUCAUAGAGUUGGAAGAGACUACAAGGGCCAUCGAGUCCAACCCCCUGCCAAGCAGGAAUUAGUUGCGCUACGCAAUGAUGUGCUUUACAUUACAGUCAAACCUUGGUUUGUAAUUUGAUAUUGAUAAAAUGUGGUGGUCAUUGGAUUUUAAUAAUUGAAAAUUAAUUAAAAAAUCAUGUGAAAAACCCAAAAAACCCUCGGUUUUCAAACGUCUCAACUGCCGAACAUUUCGGAAGCCGAAUGCUGAAAACCCAGAAGGGAAUUCUUCCGUUUUCGAACACGCCUCAGAUGUCAAAAGGCUUCUGAGGCACAUUUCUCCAUUUUUCUCAAAGAAACUUGCUAGAAUCCUUUGAUCCUUGGUUUUCGAACGUUUUGGAAGUCAAACGGAAGUCCGGAACGGAAUUUGUUCGAAAACCGAGGCUCCACUGUACUUCAGUUGCAGAAACCUGAAUUUUCAGUAUGCACAUAGAAUAAUAGAAUCCUAAAAAUAUAUGCCAACAAAGCUGUAUUCGACGGAUGAAAGUACAUGAUGUUUGAUAUGAUUGAGAAUCGUGGACUCAGGGACGGAGAAUUAUAAAGCGUCAAAAUCGAGAUGUGGAAAAUAUGGAAACAAUGAGGAGAGGCAGGACUGAGAUGUGGAGAUAUGCUUCAGAGAUCCAGACUGUGGAGAGCUCCAAAAAAUUAAUAAUUAUAAUUUGGACUAUAAUUUGGUCUUUUUUAUUUUAGUUUUUUAUUUUAGUUGGAGUAUUAUGAUUGGAUAUAUUAAUUGGAUGUUUUUUAUUGGAAAAGCAAUAAAAAUGAUUUUUAAAAAAAGAAUAAUAGAAUCCUAGAGUUGGAUGGGAUCUCCAGGGGCCAUCUAGUCCAACCCCCUGCAAUGCAGGAAUCUCAACUAAAGCAUCCAUGACAGAUGGCCAUCCAAUUACAUCAGGAAUUAAACUCGAUUCUAGUUUCUACAGCUUUAUCGACAGACACUGAAGUGUGAGAUGGGUGUAAGUUUUGCCGUUUUACUCCCAGUCUCAACAGAUGCUGAAGUGGGGGGGAUCUGUAGUAUCUUCCUUAGCCAAAUGAAAUGAGUCACUGAGUAGUUGGAUGAACCUUGUUUCUCAGCUCUCAAUGGGAGAUGUUGCCCUUUUCUCAUAGGAAUAAUCAGAGAAAAUCACAGUGAGGUUUGUGUGCGUGUGUUGUUUUAUUUUAAAAAUGGUAUUUGCACAGUGUGUUGAAUGGCCAUGAAGUUGCCUGAACCCCUGUAGCGCUGUGUGUAUUUUGUUCAAGCUGACAUUUGAAGAUGGGAGGCAGCUUUUAAGAGUAGGCACAUAAAACACUUCUGGAUGGAUCUUCCGUAAUUAAAAGGCAAAUGUGGACCAAAGAAACCGACCUGUAUACUAAUAAGGCAACCUGCCAUCCCCGUUUGGAUGCUGUUAAAGGCACUUUAUUUUUAAAAAGUCUGCAGAUCACUUAAUCAUAAAACUCUCCAAGCAGUGUACAUAAUAUUUCAUCCAUGUUUUAUUGAUCAUUAUAUUAUCAGUAAGACACAGUUAAGCUCAGCAAAGCUUUUAAAAAAAGUGUACAUAAAAUAAUUAUAAAUAAAAUACACUUGAAGUCAACUGGAAAGAAAAACACAAAUGUACAUAAGUAAAUUAGAUAUCUGAGUAGAGCCUUCUCGGUGGCGGCACCCGCCCUGAGGAACGCCCUCCCAUCAGAUGUCAAGGAAAUAAGCAGCUGUCUGACUUUUAGAAGACAUCUGAAGGCAGCCCUGUUUAGGGAAGUUUUUAAUGUUUGAUGUUUUAUCAUGUUUUUAGUAUUCUGUUGGGAGCCACCCAGAGUGGCUGGGGAAACCCAGCCAGAUGGGCGGGGUAUAAAUAAUAAAUUAUUAUUAUAAACAAAAAAGGCUUUAGCUGGCAUCUAAAACAAUGUAGUGAAGAUGUUUCUGUAAUACUAAUAGGCAUAGAGUUCUGCAGCUUCCUUGCUGCCACACAAAGAGAUUUGCAGCUUUUAAAUGUGGAACAUACAUUAUUUGUCACCUGUACAAUUGUAAGUUCUAUGGAUGCCUUUUUCGGACUACUUAAAGAAAUACUACAGUAUGAUUAACUCGGGAGCAGGAUUUGAGCUGUGAGCGACAGAAUUAAUUAGAUUAUAAUAUUGUGGGUAUGAUUUACACAGGCACCCCCAAACUCGGCCCUCCAGAUAUUUUGGGACUACAGCCCCCAUCAUCCCUAGCUAACGGGACCAGUGGUCAGGGAUAAUGGGAAUUGUAGUCCCAUCUGGAGGGCUGAGUUUGGGGAUUGCUCGGUCCCUGCUCCUGCCAACCUAGCAGUUCAAAAGCAUGCCCAAAAGUGCAAGUAGAUAAAUAGGUACCGCUCCGGCGGGAAGGUAAACGGCGUUUCUGUGCGCUGCUCUGGUUUCGGUGUUCCGUUGCGCCAGAAGCGGCUUAGUCACGCCAGCUCCCUCGGCCUGUAAAGCAAGAUGAGCGCCGCAACUCCAUAAUCAUUCGCGACUGGACUUAACUGUCAGGGGUCCUUUACCUUUUAUACCAACAGUAAAACCUUAAAUUUGACCCAGCAGCAAAUAGGCAGACAGUGCAGAUCUUUGAACAAGGGUGCAAUUUCCUAAAACUCACUUCUGUCUGCAGCUGUGCUGCAACAUUCUGCAGUCACUGCAGGGAACUCCAGACCAACUGCAAGGGAAGCCCCACAUAAAGUGCAUUGCAGCAGUCCAGAAGUGAAGAUGAUGAUGAUGAUGAUGAUGAUGAUAAUAGUAAUAAUAUUUCUACCCUGUCCAUCUGGAGUACUAUGGUCAAGCAGUACUAGUGCAGCCAUGGCCGCAGCUGCCGUACCAGCUGAAGCUGAUAAAAAGUGCUCCUGGUGACAGAAGCCAUCUGUGCGAUUUAGAAACAAAAGCUGGAUUCAGUAGGUCAGUUUCUCAGGCAUGAGAACCAUUCUCCAAUAGAGCCCAUUUAUUUUUUUUCACCCAGCCCACCACUGCAACCAGGCACCGGUCCAGGGCCAGCACAGUGUCUCCCGAUUUAGAUACUGUGAAGAAAUAGAGCUGGGCGUCAUCAGCAUGCUGAUGGCAACUUGCCCCGAAUCUCAUGGCCACUCCCAGUGGCUUCAUAUAGAGGUCAAAUAGCAUUGAGGGUACAACAGUACCCUGUUAGCACUACCGGGGGGGGGGGUGAGGGUGUGAAAACAUGGGACUUUGGCCCGUAGGUAGGACUACAACCCACAGCUUUCCGAGUCAUGUGGCCAGCAGGACUAAACCGCUUCUGGCGCAACUGAACACCUGUGACGGAAACCAGAGUGCACAGAAACACUGUUUAUCUUCCCGCUGCAGAGGUACCUAUUUAUCUACUUGCACUGGUGUGCUUUCGAACUGCUAGGUUGGCAGGAGCUGGGACAGAGCAAUGGGAGCUCACCCCUUGUGGGGAUUCGAACCUUCUGAUUGGCAAGUCCAAGAGGCUCAUUGGUUUAGACCACAGCGCCACCCCAAUAUACCCAUUUGAUGGAGCUUGUCCAGCAGGAUCCCGUGGACAACGGUCUCAAAAGCCGCAGAGAGAUCGAGAAGAAGGAGCAAGGUUGCACUCUCUCAGACCCAUUCUCAAUAAAGGCCCUCCAUCAAGGCAAUGGGCAGGGACUGGCAGGACGAGAGUGCAUUGGGGAAGUCUGGCUCAGGAGAGGGUCACGGUGGUUUGUGGGGUCCUGCACCAGCCAGGAGGCAAGAGUCAGAGGCAGGGGAAGGUUCAGAGCUGGAGGAAGAGGGGGACCAGGCAAGUGAAGGGUUGCUUGCUUCCCCAUCCUCUCUUGCACCACUGUCUCCCAGAACCAGGAGAGGAUUGAAAAGGGAUGAGCAGAGGCAUAGUCUCCAGCUGCAUGUGUCCAGCCUGUCAGGGGAAGGUACAUCAACUGGUGUAGGGGGAGGAGUCCCCUGUUGCUCCAUAGGGCACGGACCUGGGAAUAGUUUGUUAGAUGCUAGGCAUCUAGAGCUGUAGAAGCAACUAUGUUAUUGUUGACAAUAAAGGGCCUUCUCGGUUGUGGCACCCGCCCUAUGGAAUACCCUCCCAUCAGAUGUCAAAGUGAUAAACAACUAUCUGACGUUUAGAAGACAUCUGAAGGCAGCCCUGUUUAGGGAAGUUUUUAAUGACUAAUGUUUUAAUGUAUUUUUAAUCUUUGUUGGAAGCCGCCCAGAGUGGCUGAGGAAACCCAGGCAGAUGGGCGGGGUAUAAAUAAUAAAUUAUUAUUAUUAUUAUUAUUAAUGAGUGAACUCUGCUGUGUGCAUUCCUUUGGCUGGGAAUUCCCCUUGACGGAAACCAAGGCUGAAUCAGGCCCAUGACCAGGCCUAAACCCAGACUGGAACGAGUCUUCUGUAUAAGGUCUGCUGUUGGCACACCAGAAUUUUUUCAACGCUAUUCCCUGAAAAAGGGGUGUUGUGACUGGCUGGUAGAUAGUCCAAACCAAUGGGAUCAGAGUCUGCUUUUUUUGGAGUAGCCAUAUAACCAUCUCCUUUAAGGUUGCAGGGACCACCCCUUCCGGCAGUGAAGCAUUAUUAACCACCCUCUGGUCUGUCAACCCUCCUAUGUUAGAUUUCAUAAGCAAAGAGGGGAAGGGGUCAACUCAACAUGGUCGAGUAGGAAGCUGCAGGCACCUUGUGCACAUUGCCAGACUGCAUAAACUGAAUGUGAUUCACAAUAGACUGCAGUUGGAACUGCAACAGGCACAGAACUGAGGUGUCUCUGAAGUUGAGCAAUGUCGUCCUGGAAAGGUGCAGCCUGGUUGGUCACAGCAGGGUUUUGAGAGCGCUAGGGGUACUUCACCUAGUGCAGCCUUUCUCAACCUGUGGGUCCCCAGAUGUUGUUGAACUACAACUCCCAUCACCCCUAGCUAGCAAGGCCAGAGCUCAGGGAUGAUGGGAGUUGUAGUCCAACAACAUCUGGGGACCCUCAGGUUGAGAACCGCUGGCCUAAUGGUUGUUUGAGGAUCCCUUGCGAGAUGCAAGAUGUACCUUCUUAAUUCUGCAAUAGUUCUGGUUUCCCUGUUGUUUGAUAGUUCAGAGUUCACAUAGGUACAGAAGUUCAUUACGUAAGUGCCAAACAGCUAGCUGACCCUGCUCCCUGCCCUCUUCUAAGCCCUGAGGCUCAGGUUCCCAGCCUCAGCACCUCUCGGGUUGCCGCUGCAGAGCUCAACAAUCUCCUUUCUCUCCUGUGUGGUUUUUGGCGGCGUGUGUCCCAUUUGACUUCACCGGCACCCGCCUGUUUGCAAAACGAAGCAGAAGUCGUUGCUGUGCAUCCUAGAAUCAUAGGAUUGCUUUGUUCUUUUUAUUUUAUUUUAUUUUAUUUUCUUAAUAUAUCUUUAUUGUUUUAAAAUAGAUACAUUUAUGCCAGGAAAGCAAACAACAUACAAUCAAAUGAACAAACUAUAUAUUGACAAACAAACAAUAGCAGUAUACGAAACAACACAAUUCGUAUAACUAACAUCAUUUGUACUCCCAAUGAUUAUAGAACUUAUAAAACAAGAAAUUAAAAAUAACUUCCAGUUAGUCUCGUACUUUAUCUGUUGAUUAUCUUAUACCGCACAGUUACAUAUUUCUUAUAUAGUUUCUGUUAACUUCUCUACAAACUUAUAUUUAUACAAUGCAAGGUUCAGUCUAAUUCUGCAAAGAAGUUUCCUUUUAUACCGUAACUUUUAAAGUAUUCUUUAAAAAUUCUCCGAUCCUUAUAGACUAUUGGUUUUGUUUGGCCUCUUAUCCUUCCUGUCGUCUUUGCUAGCUGCAGGUAUUCUACCAUUAGGAUUUGCCAAUCUGCCGUGUAAGGUAUUGCUGUAUUUUUCCAAUUUCUUGCUACUGUACUAAGAUUCUGGCCGCUGUUAUCCCAUACAUGAACAAUGUUCUUCUCGAUUUCCCUAUUUCUUUUGGCUGCUCCAGCUGUGUUUAGUAGGGUCAGUGGAGGGAAGUGGAGCUCGCGGAUGAGGACCCUGUGGCCUUACAGAUGUUGCCGUACUACAACUCCCAUCAUCCCUGACCAUCCCGGAUGGGGCUGAUGGGACUUGGAGUCCAGCAAAGCACCAGGAAGGGCAUUCAGGUUGCAGCAGACUGGCCUUGAGUCUGCUCUUGUCUUGCCUAGGUAGAGGAAGAUAGCUGUCUGUAGCCUCCAAUCUCUCAGUCAGCGUUACUGACACACUUUGCAGUUGCUGGAGGGUGGCAGGAAGGCACAUAGUGACACGGAGCCUAACCCACUGAUUGGAAACUACCAUUUAUUUAUUUUUUACAGACUCCUCACACAGUUACAAGCUUGUCACACAAUUUCUAAACAGCUAGCUCUUGGCUUCCGAUUUCCUGGAUCCAAGCUUUGCAUCAGCGCGAACAGCUCCAGAGAUGACGCUAGAUUGUGUGUACCUGAGGUCAGGUUUAUACAGCAGAAGGGACAGCUGUUUGGGACUACAGUGGUACCUUGGGUUAAGUACUUAAUUCGUUCCGGAGGUCUGUUCUUAACCUGAAACUGUUCUUAACCUGAAGCACCACUUUAGCUAAUGGGGCCUCCUGCCGCCACCGUGCCGCUGGAGCACGAUUUCUGUUCUCAUCCUGAAGCAAAGUUCUUAACCUGAAGCACUAUUUCUGGGUUAGCGGAGUCUGUAACCUGAAGCAAAUGUAACCUGAAGCGUAUGUAACCCAAGGUACCACUGUAUAGCUCUUGGCUGUGCUGGCUGGUGCUGCUGGGAGCCGUAGUCCAAUGCAUUUGGAGAGCAGCGGGUUGAUAGCUGCUCCCGGCUGCGAUUCCUUGUGCGUACAGUGGUACCUCAGGUUACAGACGCUUCAGGUUAUAGACUCCGCUAACCCAGAAAUACUACCUCGGGUUAAGAACUUUGCUUCAGCUAAAGUGGUGCUUCGGGUUAAGAACCGUUUCAGGUUAAGAACAGACCUCAAGAACAAAUUAAGUUCGUAACCCAAGGUACCACUGUAUAUUUCAGAAAUUGCAACCUGAUGUGAAGCCAUGUGCAAACUGCUGCUUCUCUCUCUCUCUCUCUCUCCUGCAUCCUUUACAGCCAGUGCAGAAAGGCAGCCUUUGAAGCUGUUUCUGUGUCUCGUUUUUGAGAGCUUUUGCUCUCACUCCUUUUUCUAAGGCUGCCGCUCCAGCAGGACCCCUCCGUUUCCCAGCCAAAGGAAUACGUGGGUGGGUGCUUCAAACAUGACUUCAUCCCCUUUCGUUUCUUCCCCGUGUGCUCAACAUAUUCCACUCAAGUUCUUCGAAUAUUUUUCAUGCCUCAAGAAGCCCACUCCCGCCUCCUCCGAGCUAGAAAGUCAGUCGAAUGAAUCUCUCUGCGUGUGCAAAUGCGGCUGGGGUUUUAUUGGGGGUUGCUUCCUGGAUCGGGGCCUGGUUUGAACGCCUGAGAACCUGAAUGUGUCGGAGGAGUUGUGCGCAUUUAUUUAUCUGUGGGAAGGUAGCUCAUGGUUAACCACCAGAUAUUAUUGGACUGCAAGUCCCGGCAGCCCAGCCAGCAUGGUCAGGGAUUAUGGGAGUUGUAGUCUAUUAGUUGGUAGAGCAUGAGCCUCUUAAUCUCAGGGUCGUGGGUUCGAGCUCCACGUUAGGCUGAAGACUCCAUCAUCAUCAUCAUCAUCAUCAUCAUCACCAUCAUCAUUUAUUAUUUAAACCCCACCCAUCUGGCUGGGCUUCCCCAGCCACUCUGGGUGGCUUCCAACAAAAUACAGUGGUACCUCGGGUUACAUACACUUCAGGUUACAUAAACUUCAGGUUACACACUCCACUAACCCAGGGCCUCCUGCUGCCACCGCACCGCCGGAGCACGAUUUCUGUUCUUAUCCUGAAGCAAAGUUCUUAACCUGAAGCACUAUUUCUAGGUUAGCGGAGUGUGUAACCUGAAGCGUAUGUAACCUGAAGCAUAUGUAACCCGAGGUACCACUGUACUCAAAAUGCAUUUGUACCGCAGAUUUGUAUCAAUGACAUUAUGAUUUGGGCAAAUUUGUUUUCAGUUCCUCUCCUAAUGAUCCCUAGCAUGGGUUUUGCCGCUGCGUACUUAUUUUGUUUAUUUCAUUUUCCUGUAUUGCCAUGUUUUUAUUAUGUAUUAUGGUGAAGGGCUUCAAAUGUUGGAGCUAGGGUAGGCCUCUCUGGACCUCUGAGAGGGCCUGGCCUGACCAAACAGGUUUUGCUCUUGUAUUCUUUCAAAAACCUGCCAAACCUAUUUGCUCAGAGGUGAAAGAGGGACAAAAGAAUGAUAUAUGUAUACCCAGGUAGCGCUGCCCCUCUCAAAUCUCUCUCAUAAACCAAUGUCUUCAGUCUUACAACAGUCUGAAGACUGUAUGUUUUGUUAAGAAACCUAAUUUGUAGUUGGGAGGUUACUUUUAGAUUUUUCUGUGCUCUCCACCCAUUAUUCUGGCUUUUGCCAGUAUAAUGACUGGGGGUAGAAAGAACUAAGGCAUGCAAAAAAAGGGGAUUACCAUGUGCUGUGUGUCACAAGUUAGGUUUACUGUCUUUUUUACAUGAAAGUUUGCAUCUCUAGUUGUUAAUGGCCAGUGACCUCCAUGAACCGCUACUAAUUUUUUUAAGCCACCAGCAGCCAUCACAAUAUCCAGUAGAAUUGUGGUAAUUCAGUAGAUGACCUCAAAAAGUACUGUAUUUCGGAAGAAAUGUUAACAAUGUUCUUCCUCAGCUUUAUGUCUCUACCAGACAAAGAUGGCAAAAGGUGGAGGCCGACGGUCUUGUGUCGAAAUGAGCAGGCCCAUUGCAGCCCUUCUGUCUACACACAGCAAGUGCAAAGCUGUAGAACAGGUUAAGGCCAGAAACCUGCCUAAGAGGGCAGUGUGGUAUAAUGGUUAAAGUGUCAGCCUGGGGCUGGGUAAGCACGGAUUUAAAGACCGUUUAAAGGGCCAUAAAGCUCGCUUAAAUGAACUGCUUGCUAGCUUAAAUGAACUGUAUUUCAGCAUAUGCCAUCUUUAACGGGGGAUAAAAUGGGGAAAGAACUCCAUAGCUUUGCGAAAUGGCCGUAGCUGCAUAAUAAACCCAUCAGGUUCAAUCCCAGGCAACUCCGGGUAGGGCUGGGAGAGAUCUCUUGGCUGAAAACCCGAAGAGCAGCUGUCAGUCAGUGCAGACAAUAUUGAGCUAAAGGGGCCAAUGGUCUGACUCAGUAGAAAGCAUCUUACUAUAUGCACACACACACACACACACACACACACACACACACACACUGCCUUGAGCUGCUUGGAGGAAAGAUGUGAUUUUUUGGUAUUUAGUUUAUUUGACCAAAUGGAUUUACCACUUACGGCAAAACAGAUAUCAAAGAGGCUCAAACAUAAGGUACUGUUGGAGAAACGAUGAAUUUCUAAAAACAUCCUUCUGUCGUCAGGAAGACUAUGAUCGCCUGAGGCCGCUGUCGUACCCCAUGACUGACGUCUUCCUCAUCUGCUUCUCGGUGGUGAAUCCAGCUUCCUUUCAGAAUGUGAAGGAGGAGUGGGUGCCGGAAUUGAAGGAAUAUGCGCCGAAUGUACCCUAUUUGUUAGUCGGAACCCAGGUAGGUCUGGAUGUUGCGUGUUUUAUGUGAACGAAUGCAGAAAAACACCCCCACCCUGUUCUAUUAUACUCAGCCCAAAUCCCUCUCUCCGAAUCUUUUCCAGACAAACGGCCCACAUUCCCUGCCAGUGUGAUGGGCAGGACCAGAGGCAAAUGGGUCCAUUCUGCUUUCAGUGCAUGUCUUGCCAAAUGCAAGGUGGUUCUUUUAAAAGGAGAUUCAGAAGCAAUACAAAACACGAGUGAGUGAGAAGAUUAAAGAUUUUAUUCUAAACUUACUAAGCAGGAACUUCAGUCUGCCACUUGGAAGCCCUCAAGAAGAGGCGAAGUGACUCCCCCAGGUAGCUUCAGUUUGCACAGUCUGUCCACGAGCUUCUCAAAAACUCUGCCCACAACCAUCCGAUUUAUAGCUAGCUAGCCUGUGUGGCUCGCCUGACUGCCUACAUGCAGAUCAUUCAUUACCAGCUAUUUGCAGAUUAUUCAUUAGCCACCCCCUCCUAAUGCCUCAUUAGGGACGCGGGUGGCGCUGUGGGUUAAACCACAGAGCCUAGGACUUGCCGAUCAGAAGGUUGGCAGUUCAAAUCCCCGUGACGGGGUGAGCUCCCGUUGCUCGGUCCCUGCUCCUGCCAACCUAGCAGUUCAAAAGCACGUCAAAGUGCAAGUAGAUAAAUAGGUACCACUCCGGCGGGAAGGUAAACGACAUUUCAGUGCACUGCUCUGGUUCACCAGAAGUGGCUUAGUCAUGCUGGCCACAUGACCCGGAAGCUGUAUGCCGGCUCCCUCGGCCAAUAAAGCGAGAUGAGCGCCGCAACCACAGAGUCAUCCGCGACUGGACCUAAUGGUCAGGGGUCCCUUUACCUAAUGCCUCAUUUUCUCAAAACAAUGUCCAGCAUCAAAGAAGGCACCUAGCACUAUCACUUCCUCCCAGCUCCUUGAAAUACAAUUUAUCUUCAGGAUAGAUUGCCCAUACACUGCAGAAGGUCCCAGGUUCAGUCCUGGGCAUCUCCAAGUAAGAUCCAGAGAAAUUCUCGUUUGAAAUCUUGGGUAGCAGUUGCUCGGCAAUGUGGACAGUUCUGAGCUGGCUGAACCAAUGGUCUGACUUAGUAGAAAGGCGGAUUCCUUUGUUCCAGCCUGGCUCCUCCCACCUCCUGGCUCAAGCCACUCCCCCUUUGACCCAGCCCCGUUGUUCCAUUUCAUUCAUUGAUUUCACUUGUUGCCCAAAGGUCCCCAAGCAACUUACAGCACGUGUGUGUGCGUGCACACAAACCUAUUACCAUAGUUCCUUGCUUCUGCCAUGUAUACAGACUUUUCUUGCUGUAUACAGUGGUACCUUGGGUUACAGAUGCUUCAGGUUACAGACGCUUCAGGUUACAGACUCCGCUAACCCAGAAAUAUUACCUCAGGUUAAGAACUUUGCUUCAGGAUGAGACCAGAAAUCGCACGGCGGCAGUGGGAGGCCCCAUUAGCUAAAGUGGUACCUCAGGUUAAGAACAGUUUCAGGUUAAGAACGGACCUCCAGAAUGAAUUAAGUUCUUAACCCGAGGUGCCACUGUAUUACUAGUCUGCAACAAAUAGAGCAGGGGGUUAUUCAAGAAUAAUCACAUUUUAGAGGUGAUAGAGUCCUCUAUUCCUUGUGUGACCAGCACACAGCAAUGAAACCAGGGAAUGGAGAAACUGCCCUGAGGAGGAAUUCAAAAUUGUGUUGCAAGCCAUGCUCUUGAAUUGGAUGAACGUCCUUUGUACAUGAGACCCUCCCACACCCACAGCUAAUCUCAAGACCGAUGCCAAAAUUUAGGAUGCAAGCAAAGAUCCGCAUUUUGGAUGUGCUCUGCGUAUUGAACACUGGGUGAUAAAAGCAGCAGUUGUGGGAUGCAGGCUGGUGACUCAGGCAAGGCUCUGUAUCACAUCCUGCGAGAGAUGGAAAUAAGAUCCUCGUGGUCAUUGGCCAAUCUUUGUUGUCACUGGGGGAGGGGGGAAAUCCAAGCCUCUUGUGUGAGGUGGACAGAAUAAGUUCUGGGCUGCUGGCCUAGCAGACGGAGGGCAGACCUGCCUGAGGGGCGGGGGAGGGGAGAGAUCCACUUUCUUCUGAGACACUUUGCAUUUAUAUAUACUUGAGUGGUCGCUGCAGCACUGUAAGCUCCAGCCCUUACAAAUUUCUUUUUGGAGGAGGAUUGGAAAAAGAAACUGAAUUGCAGGUCUUACUGUUUUUAUUAUUUUCUGUGUUGAAAAGGUAAGUGUGAAACUGUUUUUAGAAUCAGGAUGGAAUGGCACAAUAGGAUAGAAAACACACAUUUCCAAAGUAUGUGUUUGCUUAAUAGUAGCAAUGCAGGGACGCGGGUGGCGCUGUGGUCUAAACCACUGCGCCUAGGGCUUGCCAAUCGGAAGGUCGGUGGUUCGAAUCCCUGCGACAGGGUGAGCUCUUGUUGCUCGGUCCCAGCUCCUGCCAACCUAGCAGUUUGAAAGCACAUCAAAGUGCAAGUAGAUAAAUAGGCACCACUCCGGCGGGAAAGUAAACGGCGUUUCUCUGUGCUGCUCUGGUUUCGCCAGAAGUGGCUUAGUCAUGCUCGCCACAUGACUCAGAAAAACUGCCUGCGGGCAAAUGUCAGCUCCCUCGGCCAGUAAAGCGAGAUGAGCGCCGCAACCCCAGAGUCGUUCGUGACUGGACUUAACUGGACUUUACCUUUUAGCAAUGCAGGGCAGAAAUGACUGAGGGUCCUACCUCUAGGUGUUUUCCUUCUCAGCUCUUUCUGAACUUGGAGCUGGCUGGGAACUCUCUCCCCCCACCCUCGGUGUAUAAACACACAGCCAGGGAGUUAACCCCCCACCUCUCGUCCCACUAAUUCUCCCCUAUGAAUGCAUAGUGUUCCCAGGCAUUGUCCCAUCAGAGAGAUGUUUAGAUCCAGACCUGCUUAGCUAUAACACAGGGGUAGGCAACCUCAGGCCUGGGGGCUGCAUGCGGCCCAAUCACCUUCUCAGUCCAGCCCAAGGAUGGUCCAGGAAUCAGCGUGUUUUUACAUGAGUAGAAUGUGUCCUUUUAUUUAAAAUGCAUCUCUGGGUUAUUUGUGAGGCAUAGGAAUUCAUUCAUAUUUUUUCCCCAAAAUAUAGUCCGGCCCCCCACAUUGUCUGAGGGAUGGUGGACCGGCCCACGGCUGAAAAAGGUUGCUGACCCCGGCUAUAACAUCAUGGGGGCCUUCAUCCUGUCCUGGGCUUAGGAAACCCUUAUGUUUUCAUAUGUGUUGGAAGCUGCCCAGAAUGGCUGGGGCAACCCGGCCAGAUGGGUGGGGUAUAAUUUUUUUUAAAUAAUAAUAAUAAUAAUAAUAAUAAUAAUAAUUACAACUUAUAAUUCCAUCUGCAAAAAGGUAUGGUCUCCACCCGUUUCCACUCAGAACAUAGCAUAGCUGUUGCAACUAAGAGAAAACCCCGUUUUGCUCUCAGAUCUUGCCAAUUUAACUCUCAGAAUAUGGAUUGGAUCCAACCUGUUAGUUGCACUUCGGACCCCUAGCAUUUAAUUUGAAGUUAGUAAUGUCCCAAUAAUUUCCCUGGGACCUAAGUGGAUUCAAUCCUAUGUGUCUGGUUUUUGUUUUGUUUUGAAAUACCUGGUUUCUGAAGUGAACGUAAGAAAGUGUCCACAUUUAUUUCCUAACAGAUCGAUCUCCGUGAUGACCCCAAAACUUUAGCAAGGCUGAAUGACAUGAAGGAGAAACCAAUUUGUAUGGAGCAGGGACAGAAAUUGGCAAAAGAGGUAAGCUGGCCAUUCAGAGAUUUGGAGGCCUCUGGCCUGGAGUUUCCUCCUCUGUUGCGUCCUGUAUUCUCUCCUUCCCUCUUCUCUUCACCCUUUCUCUCGCACUUAAAAAAAAAAAGUGUAUCAGUCUGUAACAUUUAUUUUAUUCUUGCCAAUGCAUCCAAAAGGAUUUGCCAGGUCCUUAACAUCAAUAUAAAAACAAGACAUAUUAAAACAUAAGGAAACAGCAACACCGUCACAACACCACCAGCAGCAAAACAGAGCUGAAUAAGGACAUGAAGACAACUUGUUUUCUGCUUUCCCCCAAAUGCCCUCCAAACUGACACGGCUCUCUUAACCCCAUUUGUGAGGGAGGCUAGGAGGUGCCAUCACUGAGAAGGCCCUGUAGAAUCAUAGAAUCAUAGAAUCAUAGAAUCAUAGAAUCAUAGAAUCAUAGAGUUGGAAGAGACCACAAGGGCCAUCGAGUCCAACCCCCUGCCAAGCAGGAAACACCAUCAGAGCACUCCUGACAUAUGGUUGUCAAGCCUUUGCUUAAAGACCUCCAAAGAAGGAGACUCCACCACACUCCUUGGCAGCAAAUUCCACUGUCGAACAGCUCUUACUGUCAGGAAGUUCUUCCUAAUGUUUAGGUGGAAUCUUCUUUCUUGUAGUUUGGAUCCAUUGCUCCGUGUCCGCUUCUCUGGAGCAGCAGAAAACAACCUUUCUCCCUCCUCUAUGUGACAUCCUUUUAUAUAUUUGAACAUGGCUAUCAUAUCACCCCUUAACCUCCUCUUCUCCAGGCUAAACAUGCCCAGCUCUCUUAGCCGUUCCUCAUAAGGCAUCGUUUCCAGGCCUUUGACCAUUUUGGUUGCCCUCCUCUGGACACGUUCCAGUUUGUCAAUGUCCUUCUUGAACUGUGGUGCCCAGAACUGGACACAGUACUCCAGGUGAGGUCUGACCAGAGCAGAAUACAGUGGCACUAUUACUUCCCUUGAUCUAGAUGCUAUACUCCUAUUGAUGCAGCCCAGAAUUGCAUUGGCUUUUUAGCUGCCGCGUCACACUGUUGGCUCAUGUCAAGUUUGUGGUCAACCAAGACUCCUAGAUCCUUUUCACAUGUACUGCUCUCAAGCCAGGUGUCCCCCAUCUUGUAUUUGUGCCUCUCAUUUUUUUGCCCAAGUGCAAUACUUUACAUUUCUCCCUGUUAAAAUUCAUCUUGUUUGUUUUGGCCCAGUUCUCUAAUCUGUCAAGGUCGUUUUGAAGUGUGAUCCUGUCCUCUGGGGUGUUAGCCACCCCUCCCAAUUUGGUGUCAUCUGCAAAUUUGAUCAGGAUGCCCUUGAGUCCAUCAUCCAAGUCGUUGAUAAAGAUGUUGAAUAAGACCGGGCCCAAGACAGAACCCUGUGGCACCCCACUAGUCACUCUUCUCCAGGAUGAAGAGGAACCAUUGAUGAGCACCCUUUGGGUUCGGUCAGUCAGCCAGUUACAAAUCCACUGAGUGGUAGCAUAGUCAAGACCACAUUUUACCAGCUUCUUUACAAGAAUAUCAUGAGGCACCUUGUCAAAUGCCUUGCUGAAAUCAAGGUAGGCUACAUCCACUGCGUUCCCUUCAUCCACCAGGCUUGUAAUUCUGUCAAAAAACGAGAUCAGGUUAGUCUGACAUGACUUAUUUUUCAGAAAUCCAUGCUGACUAUUGGUGAUCACAGCAUUCCUUUCUAGGUGCUCACAGACUGUUUGCUUAAUGAUCUGCUCCAGAAUCUUCCCUGGUAUUGAUGUCAGACUGACUGGGCGGUAAUUAUUUGGGUCCUCUCUUUUCCCCUUUUUGAAAAUAGGGACAACAUUUGCCCUCCUCCAGUCUGCCGGGACUUCGCCUGUUCUCCAGGAAUUCUCAAAGAUGACUGCCAGUGGUUCUGAGAUCACAUCUCCCAGUUCUUUUAAUACUCUUGGAUGCAGUUCAUCUGGCCCUGGAGACUUGAAUACAUCUAAACUAGCCAAGUAUUCUUGUACUAUCUCCUUAGUUAUUCUGGGCUGUGUUUCCUUUGCUGAAUCAUUUGCUCCAAAUUCUUCAGGUCGGGUAUUGUUUUCUUUAUCGGAGAAGACUGAGGCAAAGAAGGCAUUGAGGAGUUCAGCUCUUUCUGUGUCCCCUGUUUGCAUUUCACCAUCUUCUCCUCUGAGUGACCCCACUGUUUCUUUGUUCUUCCUUUUGCUACGAACAUACCCAUAAAAGCCUUUUUUGUUGCUUUUAACCUCUCUAGCAGUAGUUCCUGUAGUUCCACAAAUGCAAUGUAAUUGUGUGUGCAUACCUAGAUAGCAUUAUAUGACAGCAUUGGUCAAUACUGAUAACACUUGGAAUUUGCAUUUCACUGAGGUGGGGUACCAGAAACAAACCUCUCAGUGCAAAGCCAUGGGGGAAUGUUAUCCCAAGCCCUUGGAGAUAGUUGUCCUUUGCCAAUCGAGUGACAGAUAGAUAGAUGCCCUGUCAACCAAUUAUUUGCAUUUGUCAUGUGGCCCUGAUUGAAAAACUAGGAAAAUAAUUGUGCCUGUUGUUGUUUUUUAAAAAAGUUGCCUUGUUUCUGAAACAAUUUUAAAAAUUGCAUCUGAGAAUGGGAGGUGAGUUCAUGACAGCACAGGCACCAGCCAAUCAGUGCUCUAUACCAGUUUCCACUGUAAGCUUUCUGUUUUUGCAGAACCUGAUCUUGGAGAGCGAAUGGUUUGGGCAGUAGUGUCACAGAGAGUGCAUUUUCAUGAUGACCCCAGUGCUCAACUUCAUUCUGGAUGGAGCGUGAAUUCUCAAAUCAUCAAAAAUGUCAAAUGGCGCAAUUCUUCUUUUCAGACUUAUUUAGUGGAAAACCUUUUCGCAGAAAACAGCAGUGACCAGAGGUUGCUGGAUCUGGUCCAUAUGGAGAUAGCCGAAUUAGUGAGCACAGCACAGUAUUAGCCGUUAAUGAAGCCGGUUUGCUCAUGAAUAAAACAUAGCCUUAAUAUUCCUGACGAGGGUGGCCCAUUUAAUACUUUUCUAAUAAUUAGAAAACAACUCUUCACAACGGAAAGCAAUAAAACACAUUAACGAAGCGAGCCAUUGAGACUUAAAAUGUUUAGCCUUACCUUUAGGGCAUUCCAAAAUGAAUAUUACUUAAAAUAUCGGUCGAGGUGAUGCCGGGUUACCACAGCUACUUUUGUUUAUCGGCUUAUUCCUGCUGGAGAGUUUAAUCUCUACAAAAUUGCCUCUGUGAUUUCUUUUGCCCACUCUGCCUUCCUAAAAUGCUUCAAGAUCACAUUGCCAACCGUCAAACACACUAACAGAAACGUCACUGCUUGGGUCUUACAGUCCUAAGGUCCCAUCCCAGGGAAGUCCCUCUCUGAGCAUGGAGAAGAUCUGAGUCUGAUGCUUCCUUCCAGCUGCUGUGGAAACCACCAUGGUUCUUGUCCUAAAUAAUAAUAAUACCCCACUGAUCUGACUGACUCUGGGUGGCUUCCAGCAUAUACAGAAACAUAAUAAAAUACCAAAACAUUGAAAACCUCUCUAUACAGGGCUGCCUUCAGAUGUCUUCUAAAAGUUGUAUACAGUGGCACCUUGGUUCUCAAACGUAAUCCGUUCCGGGAAUCCAAUCCUGCAACGGUUCGAAAACCAAGGCGUGGCUUCUGAUUGGCUGCAGGAGCUUCCUGCACUCAAGCAGAAGCUGCGUUGUAUGGUUGGCUUCUGAAAAACGUUCACAAACCAGAACACUUCUGGGUUUGCGGCGUCCGGGAGCCGAUUUGUUCAACAACUAAGCCGUUCAGGAACCAGGGUACCGCUGUAGUUACUUAUCUCUUUGACACCUGACGGGAGGGUGUUCCACAGGGCGGGUGCCACUAUCGAGAAGGCCCUCUGCCUGUUUCCCUGUAACCUUAGUUCUCACAGUGAGGGAAUUGCCAGAAGACCCUCGGAGCUGGAGCUCAGUGUUUGGACUGAACGAUGGGGGUGGAAAUGCUCCUUCAAAUAUACAGUGGUACCUCGGGUUAAGUACUUAAUUUGUUCCGGAGGUCCGUUCUUAACCUGAAACUGUUCUUUCUCUGAAGCACCACUUUAGCUAAUGGGGCCUCUAGCUGCCGCCGCGCCGCUGGAGCAUGAUUUCUGUUCUCAUCCUGAAGUAAAGUUCUUAACCCGAGGUACUAUUUCUGGGUUAAUGGAGUCUGUAACCUGAAGCGUAUUUAACCGAGGCAAAUUGUAACCCGAGAGACAAAUUGGAGGCAUGCUGGUGGUGGAAUUAGGGGUGUGGGGAAGUGUAUCAGAACAUGAUCCAAACCGUUCCCAGGCCCCCCGGCACACUGACAAACCAGGGGGGGACGACGACUAUGGCAGCCAUGGAGCUUUCUAAUGGGAGGGAAAUGGUUGAAGAGGGAGAAAAAUCCCAGAAAAUGACGAAGGGGCGUAAGAGUGCUAUUCUGCCCUUUUCUCUGUUUUGCCCAUGCAAGUCCAGCAGGGUGUUGGAUGUGGCGAUCUGGCCUCCUUUCGUUUCCUCUCCCUCCUCCUGCCCCCUUUAGGAGUGCAGCCUUAAUGUGUUUUCUUCAGAAACUGCACCUAAUGAAAAGAAUUCUAAAUCUGUCACCGAAAGACAAAGUGAAGGCGUAACCUCUUUUCCUGGAGGGUUAAAACAGUAGGAUGUUUUUCACAGGGCAAAGACAAAACAAACCUUGAUGUGUUCCAUAAAAACAAAGGCGCCCACAAGCUGGCAAAUGGAGUUUGGGGAGGAGGGAGGUGUCUUUGCGUGCCUGUGCAGCUAUUAAAGACAUUUGUUUUCUUGACAGAUAGGAGCCUACUGCUACGUGGAGUGCUCGGCUUUAACCCAGAAAGGACUGAAGACGGUUUUCGAUGAAGCUAUCAUAGCCAUUUUAACUCCAAAGAAACACACGGUGAAAAAACGGAUAGGCUCGAGGUGCAUUAAUUGCUGCCUGAUCACGUGA